AUGGUGAAUUACUUUAAUGACUUUGCCAGUCUUUGCUUUGAAAGAUUCGGAAAGCGUGUGAAACACUGGAUCACUUUUAAUAACCCUUGGUCAGUGGCAGUCGAAGGCUAUGAAACAGGAGAACAUGCUCCAGGCCUGAAGCUCAAAGGCACAGGGGCAUACAGGGCCGCUCACCACAUCAUCAAGGCACAUGCUAAAGUUUGGCAUACCUAUGACAGUCAAUGGCGAAGCAAACAAAAUGGUUUGGUGGGAAUCUCACUGUCUGGAGACUGGGGAGAGCCAGUGGACAUUACCAACCCAAAGGACAUAGAGGCAGCUGAGAGAUAUGUCCAGUUCUACAUGGGCUGGUUUGCUACACCCAUCUUCCAUGGAGACUACCCUCAGGUCAUGAAGGAAUUCAUAGGUAAGAAGAGUUCUCAGCAAGGGUUGGGAACAUCUCGACUUCCCACCUUCUCCUCUCAGGAGAAGGGUUACAUUAAAGGCACAUGUGACUUUCUGGGAGUAGGGCACUACACCACACGCUACAUCACCCAGAAGACAGGCCCCACAGGCCACGGUAGCUCCUACUAUACAGACCGAGACCUGGCUGAGUUGGUGGACCCACGAUGGCCUGAUCCGGGAUCAGAAUGGCUCUACUCUGUGCCUUGGGGCUUCCGGCGUCUGCUCAACUUCAUCAAGUCUCAGUAUGGGAACCCCACAAUCUACAUCACUGAAAAUGGAGUGUCUGAGAAAAUGAUGUGCACUGAGUUGUGUGACAACUGGAGGAUCCAGUAUUAUAGGGAUUACAUCAAUGAGAUGCUGAAAGAUCCCUUGACCAGCCACAUGGAGAUGGUAACAGAGAUAGUUGUGCCCACUGUGUGCACCCUCUGCAUUCUCAUCUCUGCACUUUUUCUUAUGUUUCUCCUUCGCAGACACACCUAG